CUCAAAUAUCACAAAAUUUCUCAAUCAUCCUCGCUCUUUCCAACUCCCAAGUUCAUUAUAUUCUGUUGAAAUGUCUAUAAACUCACAUCCACUCCCUUCGAUCGAAGCAGAACCAUACAGAUGGCCGCAUGAUUCCUCGUUCAACUCCGGCUCAACUGCACUGAUCGUCAUCGACAUGCAAGUAGACUUUUGCUCACCUGGCGGCUACCUCGAUGCCCAAGGAAUAUCCAUCGAACCGAUGAGAGCCGUGAUUCCACAAAUAAAAUCUCUACUUGAUGCAUUCCGAGCAGCAGGAUUCCCAAUCUAUCAUACCAGGGAGGGCCAUCGACCUGAUCUUUCGACUCUUUCCAGUCGGGAACUGGCCCGAAGUAGGAAUAAUACUAGCGGAAAAGGAAUUGGGGAUAUGGGUCCCUUAGGGAGGCUACUUGUCCGCGGAGAGAAGGGCCACGAAAUCAUUCCAGAGUUAACACCAUUGCCAUCGGAGCCCAUUAUCGACAAGCCUGGCAGGAGUGCAUUUCAGCAUACUGAUCUGAAAUUACUCCUUGAUAACCGCCGGGUCAAGAAUCUUGUCAUUUGUGGCGUCACCACUGAUGUGUGCGUUACCAGUACUAUGAGAGAUGGAAACGAUAUGGGAUUAGAUUGCCUUCUUGUUUCGGAUGCUUCCGCUGCCGGUGAACAACACUUGCAUGAGGCGGCUGUGGCAAGCGUCUGCGGCGAGGGAGGCAUCUUCGGUGCAGUCGCCACUACUGACAAGGUACUCGCAGCUGUGAAUAGUGUGUAAAUUUAAAUGCUCGGCGGA